AUGAGCAUCAAGGUUCUCUUCCAAUCAUGGCGAAUCGAGGGUUUAAUGGCACAUUUCUACAACAUAGAACCUUAUCUUAUCCUCUUCUUGGAUUUGGACAUCGUUAUAACAUGCAACCUAAAAAAUCUAUGGAAUUACUUUGACGAGUUUUCUGACGAUGAGGAUCGCGGAUUUAACACCGGCGUUGCCCUAAUGAAUAUACGUAAGAUGCGUCGUAACGCCUGGGGUGACCACUGGCGCAAUGUAACCAAACACAGCUUACAAAGAUUAAGCUACACGGCUCUUGCGGAUCAGGACAUUGUAAAUGCAGCGUUGUUUUACGACAGCCGUCGUGUCAAAAGACUACCUUGCAAAUGGAACGUUCAGUUAGCUGAUUCUGUUGAUUACGCAAACUGUCUACGUAAAAAUGACUUUUAUACCAAAUUCGAGGACGUUUUUUGUGAAAAUGCCUGCAUCUUGCAUUGGAAUAAACCGAUCAAACCUGCCGAUGCUACCUUUCCUGGUCAUGAUGCUGAACUGCAAAAUGUACAGAAGCCGACUACCCCAAGCACACGAGUGCAUCCCUUACUCAAUCAAUAUUCGAAAUUAUUUAAGGAGCAUAGACUUCAAAGUAAUAUUCUUUUUCUGAAUUCUAAUUACAGACUUCAUCGUCUUGAAGAAAUGGCUUCACACUGGGACGGACCAAUAAGUCUCGCUCUUUAUGUCACGGAUAAAGAGGUUUUACUCCUCACGGAAUAUAUACAAAAUAUUCCUAUUCUCAGCAACCGUCAGGACCUUUUUAUACAUCUCAUGUUUAAGGAAGGUAACUUUUAUCCAAUAAAUGCUUUGCGAAAUAUUGCAAUGGAGUACGCGACAACUGAUUAUGUGUUCCUCGUUGACUUUGAUUUCAUUCCAACUCCCCGGAUGCACACAUAUCUCAGCGACACACUGACAUCACAAAUAUCGAAGGUAAUUAUGGAGUUAAAGGACAAAAAACAGACCGGCCAAAAUAAAGGAAUAAAAACCAGCACGCCCUCAAAGACAAAGGUUACCUGGGAGAAGGAUUCAAGACCCGUUGCAUAUGUAAUACCGGCCUUCGAGACUUUCUACACUCAAAUCAAUUUCCCUAUUAAUAAAAGUGAACUGCUGAAUCAGAUCAAAACUGGUGUUGUCAAACCGUUUCGCAUUGACGUGUGGCCAGCUGGUCACCAAGCAACAAACUACACGCACUGGUACAACUCUUCUGUCCCAUAUGAGGUAAAAUGGGAAGCAGAUUUCGAACCAUAUGUGGUCGUCAAAAAGACUGCCGCCAGAUUUGACACAAGGUUUUUGGGCUUCGGAUGGAAUAAAGUCGCCUAUGCAAUGCUUCUUGACACUCUUGGCUAUCGUUUUCUUGUAUUACCAGAGGUCUUCGUCAUUCAUCUUCCACAUUCCCCAAGUAUGGAUGUCUCACGAUUUCGGAAUUCACCCUUUUUCCGGAUGUGCUUGGAACGAUUCAAAGUGGAAUUCAUCAAGGAACUGGCACACAAUUACGGUGUCAGAUCAUUGAAGUAUCUUCAGUUCAGACAGCGUCCAAAUGGGUUAUAA